CUUUCCAAAUCCAGAUAUUGUGUUGCUAAGACUAGACAACGAGAUUAAAAUAAUGAAGGAAAAAAUAACAGAUAAAUCUUUUCAACAACCAUCCCGAGGCAAAAAGACUCAAAAAAAUAGAGUAAUUCAGUGGGAUCUUCAAAAAUAAAAUCUGACAAAAACUGACAGAUGGGAAGAUCAAGAGUAAGAAUAAAAGCAUCUUUAAUACCAUCAGACAAUUGCAAAAACUCUAAAAAAGUAAAAAAGUAAUAUUUCGACAAAUGGUAAGUCUAAAAUUGUUUACACCUGAACACAAUUAAUAACUACACCGAAAAAUCAAGACUGUAUAUCACAAAGACAGGCGCGUAUAAACAAAAGACGAAAAUCCCGUCGAAAAAAUGAUUGCCAGCACCAAUGAUCUGCUGUACUCCCUUCUAUCCAAAAACCGCCUUUCUCAAUCUCUUUUUGAAACAUUAAUUCCUCCAAAUGACUUGGAGCUCCCACAUUUAUAUUUUAAACCAAACGAUCAUAAAUCCAAUGAACCUUUAAGACACAUCGUAGUCGGUAUUAAAUCUCCCACUGCUAGAAUUUCUCCUUUUCUUGACAAAACUUUACCUUCUAUUUUCGAAAAACAUACUUUCUCUUAUACGUUCCAGAAUUCUCUACAAUGUUUAUCCUUUCUUGACCAGUAUGACAUGACUGACGACAUUCUUUUAGCCACUUUCGAUGUAACAAAUUUAUACACAAUUAUUCCUCAAAAACAACCAGCCAUUGCAUGAGAGAAACAACAAGUCAUGCUCAAUCGAUGUCUUAGAUUCACUUCUAACUAGUUCUAUCUUGUUCAGCAUGUGUGAAAACCUAUAAAUCCAAAUUUUGAGCCUUCUAGGAUCUUUUUUACCUCAGACCUUCAGCCCGACACCGAAGGUCUUCUGAGGAUCAUAGAGGUUUAUAUUGUUUCAUGCCAUUCUCUAGCGCGUGGCUUAAGUAUAAAACGAGAUGCACUUUUCCAUAGACAUUCAGGUGUAGACUAUUGAAUCCGGUCUCAAACGUUUGGAGUCUUAUAAGGAUCUCUGGAAAACCUUUGAGACUUUCUACCCCUUAAGUUUAAAAAAGCAAAGAGGACAAAAUUCUGAAGAAAAUGAAGUAUUGCUCAUAUUUUUAGCAAUUACUUUAAAAGAUGAGAAAAUAACAGAUGUUCAAGCAAAAAUGGUUUACUGUAAAACCCUAAUUUUAAUUAAUUAAUUUGUCGAAUUUAUGGCUUAGAAAAACUGAAAAACUAUCAAUGAUAUCUCAUUUUGUUCAGAAUUUUGUGCUCUUUCCAAUUAUGUAACUUAAAAGCUUUUCUGGCAAACUUAAGGGGUAGAAAGUCUCAAAGGUUUUCCAGAGAUCCUUAUAAGACUCCAAACGUUUGAGACCGGAUUCAAUAGUCUACACCUGAAUGUCUAUGGAAAAGUGCAUCUCGUUUUAUACUUAACCCACGCGCUCGAGAAUGGCAUGAAACAAUAUAAACCUCUAUGAUCCUCAGAAGACUUUCGGUGUCGGGCUGAAGGUCCGAGGUAAAAACGAUCUGAUUGCAUUAUUUGAGAUUUAAAGAUUUUAAAUCGAGUUCAUGUUCUCAAAUUCAUAUCGCUCAGAAAACGGCGGCGCUCUUUUAGUUUUCUAUUUUAGGACGUUGCUUAGACAGAAAGAAUUCAUUCAAUUUCAUUUUACAGCACUACUUCAUUUUAUCUCCAAUUUGAACAAAUAUAUUUUAAACAUAUUAUUUGAAUAAAUCUUAAGUUUCUUCACAUAAAAAAUUCAUGGCACGAUGUCUAAAAGAUUAAGCGUUCAAAAAACAUGCAAUACACGAUAGAAGAGAAGAAGAUGUGAGGUCGGUGAUGUACCUUUGGCUAGUAAUUCGGAACCAUCUCAAAACACUCCAGAAAAUGAUCGUCAAAAUCAACUUCUUAGAGAAGCCUUAUCAUUAUUAGGCGUAAAUUCACCACCAAACGCUUCAUAUACCACACUCUUGGAUUUUUUCGAAGCUAAUAAAAGCAAAGCAGCAACUAGUAAAUUACAGAAUGAUAGUCUUGGACAGGUUAACAGAAAGGGCAGUCCACAAUCACAAUUAGCAAUAUCAUCUAAUCUUCCAAUCUUUUCAACACUUGCAGUAUCACCAGCAAUUACCACUGACGAUGUUUUGACACCACUAUCAAUUUCUCUACCAACUCCGUCUGCAAAUGAAAGCUUCAGUAAUAAAUUCAAUACACCACCAACUAAUUUCACAGUAACGCCAUCAGCCACUACAGAUGAAUUAGCUAAAGAAGAACUAAGAAAAGCCUUAAAACAAUUAAAGAAACAGCUUUUGCACCACCCUGAAAAAGAUCUAAUUAAAUUUCUAUUGGAUGGAUUUUCCUACAGCUUUGACAUUGGUCUUUCACAAUUACCUACCACUCCUCUACACUGCAAGAAUAACAGUUCAGCGCGAGAUGCUCCGGAGGUGGUGGAUAAACUUAUCCAAGAUGAUGUCGAGAAAAGAUUUUUGUUGGGACCAUUCACCGAAAUUCCAUUUGAGACGUACAGAAUAUCUCCAAUUGGCGUGGCUUAUGGUAAAUAUUCUGGUAAGGCUAUGUUGAUUGUCGAUUUAAGUGCUCCAUACGAUCUUCAACAUCAUUCCAGUAUUAAUUCCUUAAUUGAUAAGGAGCAAUAUUCAUUAUCGUAUGUGACAUUGGAUGAUGCUUUAAAAAUUGUUAAUCAGCUUGGACCACAUACAUCAAUGCCUAAAUGUGAUAUGGUCGAUGCAUUUAAACAAGUUCCGGCCAGACCGGACUUGUGGAAAUUUCUCGGUAUCUGUUGGCGAGGCAUACGCUUAGGUGUUCCACUUUCCCCUACGAAAACAGUUGGUCCGUCGUGCGUGUUAGAAUAUCUCGGCACGAUCAUCGAUAGUUAUUCCAUGAUAGUUAGAUUAGCAGAGGAGAAACGUCUGAGAAUUUUAGCAACAACAGAGAAAUAUAUGGUUAAAAAGAGAUGUUCAAAACGUGAAAUGUUAAGUGUUAUUGGCUAUUUGAGUCACGCUUCCCGAGUCAUUCCACUGGGUCGUUCUUUCAUAUCUUAUUUAAUUGCAUUAGCUUAUUCCGUAGGUCCAUUACAUUUUACAGUACCAAUAUCCAAAGACUGUCGUUUAGAUUUAGAAAUGUGGUCAGAAUUUCUUAGAAAUUGGGAAGGCUCUUCAAUUACUCUAUUUUUUUGA